GGCACAAAGAUAAGAGCUUUAGUGUGGCUGGAACCUCAGGGGGUCCUGGGUAUCCUGGAGUCAAGCCAGGGGAAAGGUCACAAAGCAUGUGACAAACAUCAUUUGUGCCCUGUCCCUGCACCGUAAGCAAGGUGUGGUGACCCUGCUAUAGAGUGAGGUAACUGAGGAGCAGCAGUGGAAUGAGGAGCCAGGCCUGGCAUGUGUCUCCCUGGCUCCAGAGGAGUGUCAUGUGCUCAGGUCCCCCACCCCGCGACAAGUUGGUGGGGUGCUGGGAGUAGAAUUCUAUCUUCCAGUUCCCUCUGGGCUCUUUGGGAUGUUUCACAGGCCCCUGGAAACAAGCCGGAGCUAUAUGAGGAGGUGAAGCUGUACAAGAAUGCCCGGGAACGGGAGAAAUAUGACAACAUGGCGGAGCUGUUUGCGGUUGUGAAGACAAUGCAGGCUCUGGAGAAGGCGUACAUCAAGGACUGCGUCACCCCCAACGAGUACACUGCAGCCUGUUCUCGGCUCCUGGUCCAGUACAAAGCCGCCUUCCGGCAGGUUCAGGGCGCAGAAAUCAGCUCCAUUGAUGAAUUCUGCCGCAAGUUCCGUCUGGACUGCCCACUCGCCAUGGAGAGGAUCAAAGAGGACCGUCCUAUCACCAUCAAAGAUGACAAGGGCAACCUGAACCGCUGCAUUGCAGACGUGGUCUCGCUCUUCAUCACGGUUAUGGACAAACUGCGCCUGGAGAUCCGUGCCAUGGAUGAGAUCCAGCCUGAUCUGCGGGAGCUGAUGGAGACCAUGCACCGCAUGAGCCACCUGCCCCCCGACUUUGAGGGCCGCCAGACCGUCAGCCAGUGGCUGCAGACCCUGAGCGGCAUGUCGGCCUCUGAUGAGCUAGAUGACUCCCAGGUGCGCCAGAUGCUCUUUGACCUGGAGUCGGCCUACAACGCCUUCAACCGCUUCCUGCAUGCCUGAGGCCCCCUGUCCCGGGAUCUGGGGAGGAAGGCUCUCCGGUGGGCCCGGUGGAGGGGCUGCAGCUGCGCUCCACGCUCGACCCCUGGAUGGUCUGCAUGCGCCUUGCUGUUCAUAGCAGCUCCUCCGUCUGUGUGUCCGUCCACCCCAGAGCUCUCUCCCUGCCCUCCCCACAAUAAAGAUGCUUUCUCACCCCCCA